UGGUGUGAUGCGCUGUUUGUCGUUACAGAAACAGUGAACUCAACAAGGGCAACAGUUAGACUCCUCGUCCUCUUUAGGGUUUAUUCUGGCAACUGAGAUGGCAAAAGGGAAGAAAACCGUGCUGAGAGUCGACAUAAAGCCCGAGGACACUGCUGAAAAUAAAGUCACUUCAUGCAAGGAGACAAAGGAAAACAAACCAGCAACUAACAACAAGGCAGCAAACAAGGAUUGCAUAGGUAAAGUGCAGUCAGUUUUCCAGAGUCUACGAAGUCCAAGCAAACCCAGAUCCCCUCUGAGCAACAGUUCAUGCAUGCUGAUCCAGGAAGGAAAUGAAUCUGAUGCAGCUAAUUCUGACAUAUCAAAAGGGAAAAAAGAUUUACCUAACGAAAUGAAAUCUGAGAGUUGUGAGUCCAACGAGCAGAAACCUGAAAUGGCUUGUCACAGUCAUGGGAUCAGAGAGCAAUUCAGUGACCCGGCUGAUCCAAAAGAGUCCACAGCGCACGCAAAUGCCAAGGUUGCAGCAGACAUCAAAGCUUCAGCAUCCAAACCUCGGAGCAGAACUGGUCACAGACUCGGAGCAAAAAAGACGGAGAAUAAAGCUCCCCAAAACAGAAAGGUCACAGACUAUUUUCCAAUCAGACGGAGUAACAGAAAAACCAAGGCAGAGUUAAAGAAUGAAGAACACAGGCACAUUGAUGACCUGAUAAAGAAUGGCACUGAAGAAGGAAUGCAGAUCAAACACCUAGAGGGAAAAGGCAGAGGGGUGUUUGCUAUCAAGGACUUCAGAAAAGGAGACUUUGUUGUGGAGUACCAUGGAGACCUAGUGGAACUAGCUGAGGCUAAAAUGAGAGAGGUCCAGUACGCUCAGGAUCCCCAAACAGGCUGUUACAUGUACUACUUCCAGUAUCAAUCUAAAACAUACUGUGUAGAUGCUACAAAGGAAACAAAUCGUCUUGGAAGACUGAUUAACCACAGUAAAACUGGCAACUGCCAGACUAGGCUUCACGCCAUCGAUGGUACCCCCCAUCUGAUCUUAGUGGCAUCCAAGGACAUCAAAGCAGAGGAGGAGCUGCUGUAUGACUACGGAGAUCGGAGUAAAGCCUCAAUCCUGGCUCACCCGUGGCUCAAAUACUGAAACUUGAACCAAAAGUGAUCGUAUUUCAGAUGAUUUGGUGCUGUGUGCUGUCCUGUUCAUCUUUAUGUAAAAGAUGGUAUAGAUGAACAGUCCUCUAUAUGCUUUUUUUUUUUUUUUUUUUUUAAAUGAAGUGUAAAAUAUUUUUGUUUUAAAUAGAGGCUAAAGCUUUAGCUCAUGAAAAGUGUAUUUUUGCAACAGUAGUUUUUAUCAUGCUUUUAGAUUUUUCUUAUCUAAUUGUGGUACAGAGAUUUAAGCUUGAAGAAUAUUUCUCCUGGAUAAGUCGUGUUUCACUUUGUCCAUGGGGUUUCCUUUUGUAAUGAAUAUAAUUCUGAAUAUUUGUGAAUGUAAAUUAUUGCCUGUGCUAUAAACUGAGGAAUAAAACACAACUGAGUUCUCA